AGAGGCGGGGCGGCCCCGGUCCCAGCCCCAUUUAACUUCGCGGCGGCUGCGGCGACUGCGGCGCCGCGAACUGGAGGCCGGCGUCGGGGAAGGUCCUGGUCCGGGAUUCUGCACGAGGUGUGGACGAGGCCGCUUGUCCCCGCCUCUCCUCGGCGCGCAACGAGCCCACGCGGCCCCAGAGCUGCACGUCCUAGAAGCUUAUGCGGUGUAAGACUGCAAGUGAGGCCCCUAGGCUAACGGAUCUCAUGGCUUCCUGGAAGAGCCCCUGGUGGCUGCUGAUAUGGAUGGUCUUCAUGCAUUCUACUCUCCUGCAGACCACAGCAGAGAAGUCUCCUGGAGCCUACUUCCUUCCUGAGUUUGCACUCUCUCCUCAGGGAAGUUUUCUGGAAGAUACAACAGGGGAGCAGUUCCUUACGUACCGCUAUGAUGACCAGACCUCAAGAAACGCUCGCUCUGAUGAAGACAAAGAUGGCAACUGGGAUGCCUGGGGCGACUGGAGUGACUGCUCCCGCACCUGUGGGGGCGGAGCCUCCUAUUCUCUGCGGAGGUGUUUGACAGGAAGGAAUUGUGAAGGACAGAACAUUCGUUACAAGACAUGUAGCAAUCAUGACUGUCCCCCAGAUGCAGAAGACUUUAGAGCCCAACAGUGCUCAGCCUACAAUGAUGUCCAGUAUCAGGGGCGUUAUUAUGAAUGGCUUCCACGAUAUAAUGAUCCUGCUGCGCCAUGUGCACUCAAGUGUCAUGCACGGGGACAGAACCUGGUAGUGGAGCUGGCACCCAAAGUACUGGAUGGAACUCGUUGCAAUGCUGACUCCCUGGAUAUGUGUAUCAGUGGCAUCUGUCAGGCAGUGGGCUGCGAUCGGCAACUCGGGAGUGAUGCUAAGGAGGACAACUGUGGUGUCUGUGCUGGAGAUGGCUCCACCUGCAGGCUGGUGCGGGGACAGUCAAAGUCGCAUGUUUCUCCUGAAAAACGAGAAGAAAACGUGAUUGCUGUUCCUUUGGGAAGCAGAAGUGUGAGAAUUACAGUCAAAGGACCUGCUCAUCUCUUUAUUGAAUCCAAAACGCUUCAAGGAAGCAAAGGAGAACACAGCUUUAACAGCCCUGGAGUUUUUGUUGUAGAAAACACAACAGUUGAAUUUCAGAAGGGCUCAGAGAGGCAAACCUUUAAGAUUCCAGGACCUCUGAUGGCAGAUUUCAUCUUCAAGACCAGGUACACUGUGGCCAAAGACAGUGUGGUCCAGUUCUUCUUUUACCAGCCCAUCAGCCAUCAAUGGAGACAAACCGACUUCUUUCCCUGCACAGUGACAUGUGGAGGAGGUUAUCAGCUCAACUCUGCUGAGUGUGUGGAUAUCCGCUUGAAGAGGGUGGUUCCUGACCACUAUUGCCAUUACUACCCUGAAAAUGUAAAACCCAAACCAAAAUUGAAGGAAUGCAGCAUGGAUCCUUGCCCGUCAAGUGAUGGCUUUAAAGAGAUUAUGCCCUAUGACCACUUUCAACCUCUCCCUCGCUGGGAACAUAAUCCUUGGACUGCAUGUUCCGUGUCCUGUGGAGGAGGGAUCCAGAGACGGAGCUUUGUGUGUGUGGAGGAGUCCAUGCAUGCAGAGAUACUGCAGGUGGAAGAAUGGAAGUGCAUGUAUGCACCCAAGCCCAAGGUUAUGCAGACCUGCAACCUAUUCGAUUGCCCCAAGUGGAUCGCCAUGGAGUGGUCUCAGUGCACAGUGACUUGUGGCCGAGGGUUACGUUACCGGGUGGUUCUCUGUAUCAACCAUCGUGGACAGCACGUUGGGGGCUGCAAUCCACAACUGAAAUUGCACAUCAAAGAGGAAUGUGUCAUUCCCAUCCCGUGUCAUAAACCAAAAGAAAAAAGUCCAGUGGAAGCUAAGUUACCUUGGCUGAAACAAGCACAAGAAUUAGAAGAGACCAGAAUAGCAACAGAAGAACCAACGUUCAUUCCGGAUCCCUGGUCAGCCUGCAGUACCACAUGUGGGCCAGGCAUACAGGUGAGAGAGGUCAAGUGCCGAGUGCUGCUCACAUUCACACAGACAGAAACUGAGCUUCCAGAGGAAGAGUGUGAAGGCCCCAAGCUGCCCACAGAGCGGCCAUGCCUCAUUGAAGCUUGUAACGAGAGUCUUGCAUCGAGAGAGCUGGACGUCCCUCUCCAAGAGAAGGACAGUGACAUGACUUACGACUGGGAGUAUGCUGGCUUCACUCCUUGCACAGCAACAUGCUUGGGAGGCCAUCAAGAAGCCAUAGCAGUGUGCUUACACAUCCAGACCCAGCAGACAGUCAAUGACAGCUUGUGUGAUAUGGUCCACCGUCCUCCAGCAAUGAGCCAGGCCUGUAACACAGAGCCCUGUCCGCCCAGGUGGCACAUGGGCUCCUGGGGUCCCUGCUCAGCAACCUGUGGUGUUGGAAUCCAGACCCGGGAAGUGUACUGCCUGCACCCAGAAGAGUCCCCUGCACCUGCUGAGGAAUGCAGGGAUGAAAAGCCCCAUGCCCUACAAGCAUGCAAUCAAUUCGAUUGCCCUCCUGGCUGGCAUAUUGAAGAUUGGCAGCAGUGUUCCAGGACAUGUGGUGGGGGAACUCAGAACCGAAGAGUCACCUGUCGGCAGCUAUUAACAGAUGGCAGUUUUUUGAAUCUCUCUGAUGAAUUGUGCCAAGGACCCAAGGCAUCGUCUCAUAAAUCCUGUGCCAGAAUAGACUGCCCCCCACAUUUGGCUGCAGGAGACUGGUCAAAGUGCUCUGUCACUUGUGGUGUUGGACUCCAGAGAAGAAAGCAGGUGUGUCAGAGGCUGACUGCCAGAGGCCGGCGUGUUCCCCUUAGCGAGACACUGUGCAGGGACCUACCAGGGCUUCCCCUUGUAAGAUCCUGCCAGAUGCCUGCGUGCCACAAAGUAAAACCAAAGACAAAAAUAAAACUUGGUGAGCAGAGUCCUCAGAUUCUCAGUGUCCAGAGAGUCUAUAUUCAGACAAGGGAGGAGAAACGUAUUAAUCUGACCAUUGGCAACAGAGCCUAUUUGCUGCCCAACACAUCUGUGAUUAUUAAAUGCCCAGUACGACGAUUCCAGAAGUCUCUGAUCCGGUGGGAGAAGGAUGGCCGUUGUCUGCAGAACUCCAAACGACUUGGCAUCACCAAGUCAGGCUCACUGAAGAUCCACAGUCUCGAAGCCCCUGACAUUGGUGUGUACCGAUGCGUUGCAGGCUCAGCCCAGGAAACAGUUGUGCUCAAGCUCAUUGGAACAGACAACCGGCUCAUUGCACACCCUGCCCUCAGAGAGCAAAUGAGGGAAUAUCCUGGGAUGGAUGGCAACGAAGCUGAUAGUUUGGGAACUGCAUGGCAUAAAAUGAGACAAAUGUGGAGUAACAAAAAUGAGCUUUACCUACAUGAUGACCAAAUUAAUAACCAGCCUUUCUUAAGAGCUUUGUUAGGCCACUGCAGCAAUUCUGCAGGCAACACCAAUUCCUGGGAGUUUAAGAAUAAGCAGUUUGAAGCAGCAGUUAAACAGGGAGCAUAUAGCAUGGAUACAGUCCAAUUUGAUGAACUGAUAAGAAACAUGAGUCUGCUUCUGGAAACCAGAGAGGUCAGCGAUGACCUUGCCUCUCAGGUGAUUUACCAGCUGGUGGCUGAGUUAGCCAAGGCCCAGUCAGCACACAUUCAAUGGAAGGGCAUCCAGGAAGAGGUGCCUCCUGCUGCUCAGCUCAGGGGCACAACAGAAAGUCUGCCCCAGAGUUCAAAAGUGAAAAACUCAGGCAGGCUGACCUUUAAACCAAAAGGACCUAUUCUCAUGAGGCAAAGCCAACACCCUUCAGUUUCAUUUAACAAAACAAUAAAUGCAAGGAUUGGAAAUACUGUGUAUAUCACUAAAAGGACAGAGGUCAUCAAUAUACUCUGCGACCUUCUUACCCCCAGUGAGGUCACAUAUACAUGGACCAAAGAUGGAGCACUGUUACAACCAUCAGUAAAGAUAAUUUUGGAUGGAACUGGGAGAAUACAGAUAAAGAAUCCUACAAGGAAAGAACAAGGAAUUUAUGAAUGUUCUGUAGCUAAUCAUCUUGGUUCUGAUGUGGAAAGUUCUUCUGUGCUGUAUGCAGAGGCACCUGUCAUCUUGUCUGUUGAAAGAAAUAUCACCAAACCAGAGCACAACCAUCUGUCCAUUGUGGUGGGAGGCAUCGUGGAGGCAGCCCUUCAAGCAAAUGUGACAAUCCGAUGUCCUGUAAAAGGUGUCCCUCAGCCUAAUGUAACUUGGUUGAAGAGAGGAGGAUCUCUGAGUGACAAUAUUUCCUUGCUUUUCAAUGGAUCCCUGUUGUUGCAGAAUGUUUCCCUUGAAAAUGAAGGAACCUAUGUUUGCACAGCCACCAAUGCUCUUGGAAAGGCAGUGGCAACAUCUGUACUCCACUUGCUGGAGCCUUUCUGGGAGCCUGGUAACUGGACACAUUGUUCUGCCUCCUGUGGUCACUUGGGAUCCCGUAUUCAGAGACCCCAGUGUGUGUUGGCUAGUGGACAGAAAGUGAGUGAAGCCCUUUGUAAUCACCUCCAGAAACCACUGGCAGGGUUUCAGCCCUGUAACAUCCAGGACUGCCCUGCAAGGUGGUUCACAAGUGUGUGGUCAGAGUGCUCUUCAUCUUGUGGUGAAGGAUUCCACAGUCGGCAAGUGACAUGUAAAAGGACAAAAGCCAACGGAACUGUGCAGACAGUGUCUCCGAGGGCAUGUGCCCCUAAAGACCGGCCUCUGGGAAGGAAACCGUGUCAUGGGCAUCCAUGUGUUCAAAGGAUCAUCGAACCAGCGAGCCAGUGUCCUGGACGUUGCAUGGGUCGUGCCGUGAGGAUGCUGCAGCAUCACACAGCUUGCGGACACCACAACAGCUCUGACUGUGAUGACAGGAGGCCCACCUUUAGGAGGAAUUGCACAUCAGGAGCCUGCAAUGUGUGUUGGCGCACAGGCCCUUGGAAACCCUGUACAGCAGCCUGUGGCAGGGGGUUCCAGUCUCGGAAAGUCGACUGUGUCCACACAAGAAGCUGCAAACCUGUGGCUGAGAGAUACUGUGUGCAGAAUAAGAAACCAGCUUCCUGGAGGCACUGUCUUGGGCCUUCCUGCAAUGGCGACUGUACAGAUACAACUCACUACUGUAUGUUCAUAAGGCACCUUAAUUUGUGUUCUCUGGACCUCCACAAACGAAAGUGCUGCCAGUCAUGCCAAGAAGGGUAAACUUAUGGAGGGGUUGUGAUGCUGCUGUGACUAUAAAAAAAAUCAAAGCUCUUUUCCCCAUGUCUCUGGUUCAAAAACAUGUAUUUCCUAAAGACUCUGAAUUCCUUGAUCAAACAGGGGUUGAUGCAAAAACAUCCCUGUUAAAAUUUUGUAAAGUGAAAUUUUCCCCAUGGUCGGUUUCUAAUUACACUUCCUGUAAAUGAUGUAUUCCAAGAUUAACUUAGUAAUGUGCCAAUGCACUUGGGACUUCAUCAUGUCUGUGUAAUCGGGAAGUCACCAAGAUAAUGAGCACAUCCUCGCAUGCUGUGAUUUGUAAACUAGCACAGAGUGGUACAUCCUGAAGUCUUAGGAAGCACAGCAACUGAUAACUUCCUCUUCUCUCAAGUUGUAGAGUUUCAACAAGUUUGUGAGGUAUCUACAACUGGCCAGUAGUUGUUCAGAUGUUAUCAUUAAUGGCAUUUGCAAAGAUGCUCAAGUUCAGUCUGUGAAAAAGAGAUAAUCUCUUGGACAGGCUUAUGACUACAAUUGACCCAAGAAUUCAUGAGGAGGUGGCAUCCUGUCCUUGCUCUCGAGCACUCUUGGAAGAAAACACAGAGGAAAUAUUGCUGCCAUUUUCACAACUACAGAAAUCCAUCUGUGACCAAAUGAGGCAUCUUGGAAAUCAAAGAAGAGGGAAAUUUAACCUUUUCUACUGAUUUUGAAGUGUAUGCAAUGCUUUAAGAACUGUGAAUAGAACUUUUUCUAAGCACUAUUCUCUUGCACACAAACAGAAAAUCAAAGCCUUUUAGACCUAAUUUAUGCAUAAAAUAGUAUUCCUGAGGAUUUUUAUUUUGGAAAGUUUAUAAGAAAGUAAUCUAAUAAGAUACAUAAUUGAAAAGAAUUGUUUAUAUAAAAUAAGUGCUUGAGUUGAUUUUUCAGUAAAUCCAAAGUAAAUUAGAGUUAGGAGGGAAGUUACACUUUUAGAAGUUGGAAUUAGGAUUUGGUUUAGGUUUUGGGGAAGAAAGGUUAGGGUUAGUUUUCAGCUAGGAUUGAGUUAGGUGAGAAAGGAAGUUAAAUUAGGGCUAAGGCUGUGCUUGGUUAAGGAGUUGGGCUCAGGGCCAGGUUGGGGCAGGGUUGGGUUGGGUUUAGAUUGGGUCCAUGCUGGUGUGAUAGUGUCAAGGUGAAAGUUAAGUGUGGAGUAAGUGUUGCCUCUGAAGCAGGUUCAGGCUAGCAUUAAAUUGUAAACUCUAGAGCUAAUUUGGUUGUGGUGAUCUUUUCCUGGUAUUCCUCCAGUUAUGGUUUUAGAUGGCACACAACCCCAAAUAAAUGUUUAGACUUCUUAAUGCAGUGUCCUGACUGCCUGUCACAUGUUGCCUAUAGCCUGUUGGCAACAAAGUUUCCCAAGGCAGGUUGUGCUAGAUCUAGUUCCUGAUCAAUAAUUGAACUGUGCAUUUUGGCUUUGGAUUCAUCUGUGGAUGAGCUUGCUGAGUCUUUCUACCAUAUUCUAAGCACCAGAUCUGUUUUGUUCUAACUUCAGCCUCACCGACACUGGGAUGAGCACUACUGUAUGUGGAGGGUUUAGUGGCUGGAAAUGGACAGGGGAAAAUGAAGAGGACACACCAGGCCAUGAGUUGUUAAUCAUCAGCCACAUUUGAUUGUUGAAGGUUAUUAAAUUAAAAGAAAGAUCACCUGUAAGAUACUCUUUGUAUAUAUUUAUUAUAUGACUUAAAGGUGCAAUAUUUUAUUUUGUACAGUAUGUAAUAAAGACAUGGGACAUAUAUUUUUCUUACUAACAAAGUUUCUUAUUAAAUUGCUUCACCUUUGUAUUUAAAAGUUAAAAGAUACUGUUUUUCAUUUGCUAUUGUACUUUUAUCAUUCAAAUGACAUUCCUGUGUACUGUAUUUUACUACUGUUUUUAUGAGAGUUAAUGUUUCUCUUUUAUGAUCCUUAAGCAACUCAGAAAUAAAUUUGAUUAUUCAAUGGCA